CAGUCUUUUUCAAGUGUUCUUGACUGGCUUGACCUGUUGUGUCCAUUUUGAGGAUCCACACGCUGGCCACAAUCACACGCACGCGACAUGGACGACGAGUUCGCUACGCCACCGCGGCGCCUGAACCCCAAGCGAUUGCACCGCAAAGCCGAAUCCUCUCCCGAGGUGCUAGAACAGCAGCAGCGUUUAAAACGCGAGAUGAACCUCACGCGCGAGCUCAUCGACUUCGAUUUGAUCAAAGGGUCAGCGCUUUUCCACACAAAACCUUCAAGCCAUGACCGCAAACUCGUGCAAGAGGGGUUUACUCGCGCGCUACUCGUGCCAUUUCACGCUAAGUUUUGGAGACAGAAGCCAUGGAUCUACGAGACAGCGACGGCGCUCUACGUACUGCACGGCGUGGCUGUGUGCAUCUACUUCUUCUACAACAAGAGCACGUCACCGCACAACUCGUUCGAGGUGUUCUUCCCAAUCUUCUUGUUAUUUCUUGUGGCAAUUGGCUACGGUCGGGUAUCGAGCGCAUUGCAGGCGCCGGAUACUGAUGUGGCGAUGAAGAUUCUGUCUCCCAUUAUCAAGCAGGCAGAAACCGCAUGCAGCUCCGAGUCCGACACGUCACUUGCAGCAUCAGGAUUGGGAUCAGGACUAGCGGAAUCCGAGAACUCGGACGGCACGGAUAGCGACGAAGACAGUGGCAACUCGUCCUCGUCCAGUGACGAGUCGAGCCCCAACGACGACAUGUUCCCACACAAAAGUAGCUCCGCCCCCACCUCCCCGAAACGCGUGAUGCGAGCUGCUUUGGCUAAACCGCCGAUGUCGUUACCACCGCGCGUUCCGCUGUUGAAUGGAGGUUUGGACAGUGUGGCGGACCAGUUUGCUAGAAGACGAGUGACUGUCUGUGUUUGGGAGGAUGGUGUUCCGGUGAAACGAGCGAUGUCCAUCACUGAACUACGGAAUACAAUCCUCGCUAAGGUGAAAGCGACGCCUACGCGGGUAUUCUACCGCAAGGUAGCGGAUGUAUCUGCAGUAAUACUCGCUCUGGUGCCGAUCGCAUUGCGAUGCGCGGUUAAAUGCCAUGAGCUCGACUGUGUCGCAGUAUCGCAGGAUUCCCUUGAAGUGCUCUCGUGGAUAUCUAAUCUGUCCAAGGAACUAUCCGCGUACCGGCUGUACAUGCACGCACAGGAACUCGCGUCUGGCGCGUCAGUCAUUUCAAUCUCGUGCAUUCUGUCGACGUAUUACUUGGCUUCCAUCAUUUUUACUGCGCUCGCAGAUGCCGAAGUCACGUACCACCGCCGCUUUUUAUAUGCCAAGUGCUUUACUGCGCUGACGUCCUCGCGGCGCUCGCGUUUGGCAAAGCUUCCGCACUUCCGGUUAAAGAACGUGGUGAACAUCAAGGCGUGGAUCUCGCUGCGAGGCGGACGCACAUGGCUGAAGCGUCAAGGCCGCCAACGUGCAGCAGAUGAAAUCGUGUCGACGUCGUUCCUUAUCAUUCUCGUGCUGCUUGUCGUCAUGGGCAUGCAGGCCGUUUCGGACGGAUCUGGCUCCAUCUCACCUGAGAGCAUUGUCCACAUCGAAGUAGCAAUUUGGUGUAUGCUGUCUUCUGUGUUCAUGUUGCGUUUCAUGAUGCUGGGCUCCAACAUCAACAAGAAGUACCAGAACACGUCGCUGCUUCUGACUGAACAGAUGAAUGUUUACCUUCGUCUGCUGGCGAAACCUCACAAGAAGGAGAAGCUUCUGGUCUCCAACAACGUGUUGAAGCUCGCGUGCAAACUGCUAAAGGAGCUGAACUCGCCCAAUAAGGUGUCUGGCUUGACUAUGAACCCGCUUCUGUACAACCUCACGCGCGUGGUGGUCUUGUCGGCCUUCUCGUCCACAGCGUCCGACUUUUUCGGCUUCAAGCUGAAACUCUGGAAGCUCAAGGCCUAAGCAGACGAGCUAUAGACAAGGAGCAGCACUUGUUGGACGAAAAAGGAGAUGGACAGGCAGGUCGGAAUGGACACUUAUGCAAUGAAAGCGCACGACUGCCUCCGAGGCAGUGCCUCGUGACAACGAGCGGGAGGUUGAAGGCGUGAGGCGUCGAGCAAGUUAUUACUUACACGCGAAGUGCCCCAGAAGGCUUCUGGCAGGAGCACUACAGCCCUCGUCGAUUACGCGUCGUAUUUUACGACCAAGGCAUGCACAAUACCGGUAGAUAAGGGCAGAUAAUACUGUACACACUGCUGCACAA